AUGGAGCGCGCGUUGCCACCGCUCUCCUACACCAUCUUACCACUAACACACGAUCCAUGGCCCCAUGAUGACGAUCCACCGUCGUCAUCUACCGCACAUACAUCGACGUAUCCAUCGUCACUGCUUCUGAAAACGUUGCUCGCUGUGGCGGUGCUAGUCAUGAUCGUUGUGACGAUCGUUGGUAACGCGCUCGUCUGCCUGGCCGUCGUUCUGGUACGAAAACUCAAACAACCUGCGAACUUUCUGAUUGUUUCAUUGGCGAUUGCCGACUUUUUUGUUGGCCUACUGGUAAUGCCGUUGGCGUUUGUAGACUUGCUCUUCUCCGAAUGGCCUUUGGGAAGGUCGAUGUGCAAAUUGUGGACGACAGCCGACCUAACGUUGUGCACAGCGUCGAUCAUGAGUCUCUGCGCGAUAUCUGUUGAUCGUUAUUUGGUUAUAACUCGCCCACUACGUUACUCAGCCGUAAGAACGACUGCUCGUAUGCUCAUCUAUAUCGCGGUAGUAUGGAUAAUCGCCGCUAUUGUUAGCCUGUCGUCUCACAUUAUCGCGAAUCUUCUUGACACUGAAAAGUCUGAAGAUCGAAUUUGUGAGGUAAUCCAGCAUUUUGCCUAUCAGAUAUAUGCAACGAUCAUUUCCUUCUAUGGUCCGACGAUCAUCAUGCUCAUAUUGUACGUGCAGAUUUGGCGUGCAGCCAAACGAAUUGCACGAAAAGAUCACGAUCAGACGACGCACAUUCCCGUCGGUCUCGACAAGAACUGCAAUGAUCAUGUCGAUCUUAUUCCGGAAUCACAAAAAUCGUUGAAAAUCGUGAAGAGUGAGCAUCGCGGUUACCUGCAUCGACCAAGUGCACUCUUUCAUGCGGUCAAAAUGCCACUGAUUCGGCAAAGUGAUCGUAGCGAAUGUAAAGCUCGCAAGACGUUGGGCGUGAUCAUGAGCGUGUUCAUCUUCUGUUGGCUACCAUUUUUCUCACUGGCGUUGCUCAAAUCCUGCUUACGUCUUCGAGUACCGUACUGGUUAGAUACGCUUACACUAUGGCUGGGAUACUCGAAUAGGUAA